CUACAUUAUGUCACUGGCUACGGAAGUGAAACGCUGUAGCGCACAUGCUGCGUAAUUUUGACUUUGAAUUUAAAGACACUGUUUAAUUCGUGGUACAUAUUUAAUGUUUUAAUCUCUAUAAUCGGUAGACAUCUAGCUAUGAAUCCAACCAGCAGGGUAAAUCUGGGGUGGUAAGUCGUUUUAGGUGAUUGUUUGUCCGUACACGUGAUUACAGCGUUAGCAGACUGAGUUUAUCUGCUGGUAGCACCUUCAGGAUUAAAGGAAUCACCGAAGGGAAAGUCAGGAAAUCUCUGCAUUCAUAAAUGAGAUUACCCGUCUGAACCUGAAGCCAGCAUAUCACACUAAGGGGUCCCUAAAGUAGCACCUAACGACCUGCAGACUGUACUUUCUGCUGCCUGUGGCUUUGACAUUGAGGUGGACCCCUGUGUUGGAGUAAUGAAGACCCCCAGUGCACAUUCAAUUUGAGCUGAGGUCUGUGGGGAUGUUUCGGCUUCGGGGCGUGAGUUCCUUUCUUCGCAGGUGCCUUCACGUGGGGACAGCGAACCGGGACAAGGUUCUGGAGCAACUGCAGGUCUGCUCCGCUGAAAAGCAGCUGCUGGAACUGGUGGGCAAGAAUAGGACCAAGCUCACCAGGGACCAUGUGUGCUUGGCUAUAGGGAUGCUCUGGGACUUUCAGAGAGACAGGCUACAUUAUCAGCGGAACCUCAAGUACAUCAGUGGGCACCCAGAGUUCUUGACUCUCCGCGUUUUGGCGGAGAACAGAGUUACCAUGAUAGAUGAUGUUAUGUUGGUCGACAUGCUUUACAGUUUGAUCAGGUUGAAAUUGGAGCCACAUAAUUCUCUUAUUCAGCAGCUGAUUUCAGAAGGGUGGCGCAGAUUAGACGGAUUCUCAAUGCCAUGUCUGUCCAAGUUUGCCAUCUGUCUAACUGAUCUGCACCAUCAACAAAGCCCUCUUAUGGGCCAAAUUGUCAGUAUUCUGAGUCAGAGGUUGUCGUCUAUUGAUGACACCAGGGUCCUAACUACACUGAUGAUUAGCGUGGCACAACUUGCGUCGCCGCGGCUUCAGGAUGCCCUCAUUAUCAAGGCGGAUCAGUUUCUAGACAGUGCCUCCUCUUUCAACGACUCGCGGAGAGUGGUGCAAUUCCUGCGAAGCAUCAGGAAGGUUCACCGGCCUCUCCUGGAGAAGUGCAACAAGAUAAUCUUGCAUAACAUUCACACUAUGGGCGUAGAUGAUAUUAGCAUCAUCGCGGGGAUGUAUCUGUUCUUGCAGAUAAGCACCUUUGACUUCAAGCUGGCUAUUAAAAAAAGACUAGUUGAACUGAUUGAUUCAUGCAACGAUCCUGUCUCCUUCACCAAACUGUUUGUCUCUCUGGCUCCGAUAGCCAACGAGGAGAUGAUAGAAAGGUUGGAGAACCUUGCCUUCCUGUGGCUGGAUGACCUCAGUGUACAGCAGACUGUGGCUAUGAUUGAAACUCUAGACUCGAUUCGGUGCAAGAAUCAUGCCUUAAUCCAAAGACUUGUGUCAGCAAUCGAACCCAACCUUUUAAUCUGCAGGCCAAUUGAGGUGGCCCGACUCACCCAAUCCCUUUAUCAUUUGCAUUACAAGAACCCCGAAUUCUUCAGAAAAUUAAGACAAGUGAAAAUAAACCUUUUGGGCAGGACUGUUCUCCCCUAUGAAGUGAUCGCGAUAAUUCGUGCUCUGUCCCUGAUGCCCUCCUCACGUCUUGAAGAGGAUGUGAUCAAACGAGUGGAAGCCGUGGUGAGCCAGUGCAGUUUCACCAAUCUCAACACCGUCGCUUUUGCCAUCGGCAAGUGGGUGCGUAAAGAUGAGUCACACGGCAUCAGUGCUUGCAGCAGCUGCGUCAGUCUGCUUCAGAACAUAACCCACUGCGGGCUGAAAAAGCUGCAAGCGAUUGACCGACUGGACUUGUUGUUGGACGAAGUCAAGCUCACUUUGGGACAUUGGUUUGGGGAAACGCUUGUCGAAGAGAUGGUAGACCUACUGCACAAGAUGAUUGACCAAAUAAACUGGACCAAUUUGCCUGAAUUGGGCUUGUUCUUAACCAGGAUAAACCAUAUCUGCCCUCUGCUGAUGGAACGUAUCGCCAGUGUGGCCAUUAAAGACGUUGACAAGAUUCACCCCUCAGGAAUAUGUAACAUCAUGCUACCCUUCUCCUACAUGAAUUAUCAUUCUGUACAAGUAGACGAGAUGUUUGAUAUUUAUAUCCAGCUCAUCAUUCGCAACAUCAGUUUCUUCGACCCACACCUGCUAGUUUACAUUGUAAACUUACUCGCUGAGGCUGACUAUUUCCCUGAGCAACUAGUCAGAAAAGUCUUCAGUGUAGACUUCCUGUCAAAGCUGGAUGCCCAACUAGAAACCCUAAAUGAUAUCCUCAGCAUACGGGCCAGAACGCGGCUCAGGGACCUCAAUCGCAACGUGUGUAUCCAGUGUCCUGAUUUCCAGGUGCCCUGGUUUCAUAGCGACUUCUGCCAGGAAAUGCUAAAGAAAGACAAUAUCUUCCUCAGUCCUGUGCGACAGCAAAUCCACAGACUCCUGGCUGAAGUUCUCGGUGGCAAUGACUACAUUCAAGCAGCAGUUGUCACUCCGUAUUAUUAUACCAUAGACUUUGAAUGCAUACUGGACACAAACAUGCAGCCGCUGUCCUACAGCAAGCUUAGGACACUGCAAGGAGACAAAGUUCAGUGGGGGAAAGCAUCACCUGUGAACAUGGAGGAUAAGCUGCCGCCUGGAGCUCAGCGAGUUGCUGUGAACUUUCUUGGUCCAUGGGCCUUCACCAAAAAUGCUUCCCAUUUCCUGGGUAAAACUGCUGUGAAGAAAAGGCACCUUGAAAUUCUGGGAUAUCACGUGGUUCAUAUCCCACACUUUGAAUGGAACUCGAUGGAGCUCUCAACAAAUGACGCCUGGAAGAAAUAUCUUAAGAAGAAACUAUUCUAUUCUUCUGCUUGAAGGCGAUACUUUGAAGACUGAAAUUUGGGCAUUCUGGCUGCAUUCAGACGCAUGGCCACACAGGAGGCUCCAGCUGCAUAACGCAUCUCUUUAAUCAUGCCAGUCCACUGUUUCUUGUCAUCUUCAUACCUGGUAGGACAGUGAAAAACAUGUUACUAUAAUGUACUGUACGAGCAGAGGUAUAGGUAUUAAAAUAAGGUGAACGAGAUGACAUUGUUCGGUACCAUGUGAAUUUUACAAUAUAGUGCAACAAAAUGGACACGUACUGCCAAAUGUCAGUGAUUUCGCUUGGGGCGCACUCUUUGUUCUCAUUCUCCACCACGGCAAAGCCUCCUAUGGCGUACAGCACCCCUCCACAGCUGACCAGGUUGACUGAACUCCUCUCCUGGGGAAACUCUGUGAAGGGUGACCACCUGCAACAAGAUGCACUCAGCUGUAUUAAAACUGAUAUUUCCAAAUCCUACAAGUUUUUUUACUUAACGAACUCUUACAGAGAUUUUUUUGACUGUUUAUUUUCCACAUGGAUUUAAAGCAGUGGUUCCUAACCUGGGGGAGGGGGCCUUAAAAGACAAUAAAAGGAAUAAGAUAGAAAACUGUG